AUGCUUCAACAGAGUCAAAUUCAUGUUAAAGCCAAGCAAGUCACAGUUUCACAGCCUCAGCCAAUCAGAUACACCCCCAAGAACACUGUAUUUGAAGAUCCGAUUCAAGGGAUCAUUUGUUACACAGAUGAUAAUGGAGAGGUGAUAUGUGAAGGGUAUGAUGAAGGUCCUCGUCCCCAAAAGAGUCCAAUGGUAGCUUCUUACUCAAGAGAGGUGGAGAUUCUUGAUCUUCUGCAAAGAAGUUAUCAAGAGUUGAGAGAUGCAGAGAAAGAUGAUGGUCAAAGACAGGAAAUUGCUUCACAGCAUGAGUUAAUGAUGAUCAAAUGGAGCAGCUUUGACUUUCUCUAA